AUGGCGCCGACCGAAGCGAAACCUGCGGCUACGGAGACCCCGGCCGCCAGCACUGUGGGGGCGACCGAGCCUGCCUGCGAGAAAGCGCCUGAGGUGGAGAAGACAGUGAACUUCUCUGCAGAAGAGCAGAAAUCGGGAAACACCGUGCAGGAGCAAGCGGCAGAGAAGCAAGAGGCGGCGGCCUCUCGCAAUGGCGCGGCAGCGAACUGCAAGCGCAAGAGGGGCGCCCUUGACGAUGCCUUCUUCCCCAAGAGAAGAGACGAAAUGACCCAUGAACAGUUGAAACAGAGAAUCAAGAGACAAAUCGAGUACUACCUCUCCGACGAAAGCCUCACCUACGAUGCCUUCUUCCAAGGCAAAAUGCGCGAAGCCGCGCAGCAAGGCAAAGGGGAGGCGCUCGACGUGCGCUUCGUCCUGAGCAGCCCUCGCAUCAAGUCGCUCAAUCUGACUAAGGCGGAGAUUCUGGCGGCGAUUGCGGACUCGAAGCUGGUGAAGGUCAAGGAGGACGCGGACGGCACCACGUGGCUCCUGCGCGAGGCCUCGCUGCCUGAGCUGCAGGAGCGCGUCCGCUCCGAGGGUGGCGCAGAGCGCAGCCGACGAGAGGACGGCUGCCGCGCGCCUCAAGGCCUCGGCAAGGAUCCCCACGCCGCAGGAGUUUUCCUCAAGCUCUGCGGUUUGCCGGAGAGCGUCCAGCAGUGGCAAGAAGUGAAGGACGCGAUCAAGGAGCAUCUGCCUGGAGAGGUCUUUGUGAAAUUCGUCUCGAAGGUUGAGGAGGCGACUGUAGCAUCGGGCGAGAAGACGCGUCGGUGCUGGAUCUACUUGGCGCCGUUCGAGAACGACCGCGAGAAUCUCGAGAAGGCGCAGCCGAUCAAGAUUCCGCUGGGAGGCGCGCACGCAGAGGCUUCAGUCCUGGCAGAUCACGAAGUCCGCCUUUGCAUCCAAGAUCUGCCGCCUCGCAUCCGGACUGCGCGCGAGAAGGACUUGCAGACUCUGCGGCGGCAGCUCGCGGCGCUUCCGCUCUCGCUCGGGGGCGUGCCUUUUAAGAGCGUGGAGCACCUGCGCACGUGCGUCGCGGAGUUCCUCAAGAAGACCCCAGUCGAUCAGGCGCUCAAGCCGAACUCCGCCGCCGAGAAGGCCGUGAAGAGUCUGCUUGACUUCCACCCCAAGGCCUACGUGAAGAAGGGCGGCCGCGACAAGGAAGUCGUCGGCAUCAAGGUCGGCCUCCACGACAAACUUGACAGCCAAACCGGCGAACGCACCAAGUGCUUCUUUGUCGUCCGCAAAAAGAAGGGCGCCGCCGAAUCGGACGAAGCGGAAGAGGAGGACUUUUCUGUAAGCAAAUGCAUCUCGGAGCUCGCUAAGGAUCCCCCGUGCGACGCCGAGGAGUUGAAGAAGCUCCUGCAGCGGCGCUACGAGUCUGUCGCGCAGCAGCGCGCGCACGCCGCUGAGCAGGCGCAGAAGCGCCGAAAGAUCCGCGAGGAAGCCGCGCGCGUGACGGGCGCCGGCGCAGCGGCAGACGAAGCCAAGAGCGAGGAGGCGACAAGCGCAGAGGCCCAGCCGGCUGAGAAGCCCGAAGCUUCCGCGUAG